AUGUCCAAGAGCAAGAGUUCGGAGUCCGUCAAGGUGGUGGUGCGCUGUCGCCCUAUGAACGAAAAGGAACGGGCGGCCAAGUUUGAAAGGGUGGUCUCUGUCGACGUGAAACUGGGCCAAAUUAUUGUCCGGAACCCCAGGGAAGCCUCAGCUAGUGAACUCCCCAAAGUCUUCACUUUUGAUUCUGUCUAUGAUUGGAACUCUAAACAAAUAGAUCUGUAUGAUGAAACAUUCCGGCCCCUGGUGGAUUCAGUUCUCCUUGGAUUUAAUGGGACCAUCUUUGCUUAUGGGCAAACGGGAACGGGGAAGACCUACACCAUGGAAGGAGUGAGGAAUGAUGCUGAAAGGAGAGGGGUGAUUCCCAACUCCUUUGAGCACAUAUUCACACACAUUUCACGGUCUCAGAACCAGCAGUACCUGGUCAGGGCAUCGUAUCUAGAAAUUUAUCAAGAGGAGAUUAGAGACUUAUUAUCCAGGGACCAAUCACGGCGUCUUGAGCUCAGGGAGAGGCCUGAUACAGGUGUAUAUGUCAAAGAUCUUUCAUCCUUUGUCACCAAGAGCGUGCGUGAAAUCGAGCAUGUCAUGAAUGUGGGCAAUCAGAAUCGUUCCGUGGGUGCCACUAACAUGAAUGAACACAGUUCUCGAUCACAUGCCAUAUUUGUCAUCACAGUUGAGUGCAGCGAGCUUGGUGUGGAUGGGGAGAACCACAUCAGGGUGGGCAAACUGAACCUGGUUGAUUUAGCUGGCAGUGAAAGACAGACUAAAACUGGAGCUCAGGGUGAGAGACUUAAAGAAGCCACAAAAAUCAAUCUGUCACUUUCUGCUCUGGGGAAUGUCAUAUCCGCUCUGGUGGAUGGCCGGAGCAGCCACAUCCCGUACAGAGAUUCAAAGCUCACCCGACUUUUGCAAGACUCUUUGGGAGGCAAUGCUCGCACUGUCAUGGUUGCAAACAUUGGACCAGCAUCAUACAAUCUUGAGGAGACCUUGACAACACUGCGCUACUCCAACAGAGCUAAAAAUAUCAAGAAUAAACCGCGCAUCAACGAGGAUCCAAAGGACGCGCUGCUGAGGGAGUUUCAGGAAGAGAUCGCAAGGCUGAAGGCACAGCUGCAAAAGCGCUCCGGGAAAAAGAAAAGAAGGCAGCAGAGGAGACGGGCCGGCGAGGGAAGCGAUGGGGAGGAUCUGGAAGAAGGAGAAACGGAGGACGAUGAUGAAGACGGGGACGACAGAGGGGAUUACUGGCGGGAGCAGCAGGAGAAGCUGGAGAAGGAGAGGAAGGCCAUCAUGGACGAUCACAGCCUGGUGGCCGAGGAGAAAGCUCGGCUGCUCAAAGAGAAGGAGAGGAAAAUGGAAGACGUGAAGAAGGAGAAAGAGGCUGGAGAAAUGCUCGCAGCCAAAGUUAAGGCAAUGGAGAGUAAGCUCCUCGUUGGGGGGAAGAACAUUGUUGAUCACACCAAUGAGCAGCAGAGGAUGCUGGAGCAGAAGAGACAGGAAAUCGCAGAACAGAAACGUCGAGAGCGAGAGAUGCAGCAGCAGAUGGACAGCCGUGACGAGGAGACACUAGAGCUGAAAGAGACCUACAGUUCUUUACAGCAGGAGGUCGACAUCAAAACCAAGAAACUGAAGAAGCUGUUUGCCAAGCUGCAGGCAGUGAAGGCAGAAAUCCAUGACAUUCAGGAGGAACACAUCAACGAACGGCAGGAGCUGGAACAGAUCCAGAAUGAGCUCACCAGGGACCUCAAGCUCAAGCACCUGAUCAUUGAGAACUUCAUCCCUUUGGAGGAGAAGAACAAAAUAGUGAACAGGGCUUUCUUAGAUGAGGAAGACGAAUACUGGAAAUUGAAGCCUAUUACACGUAUAGAGGAUGACCAUCAGAUGAUGACCAGGCCUUUGUCUGCAGUCGGCUACAAGAGGCCUCUCAGUCAACAUGCACGCCUGGCCAUAAUGAUGAAAGCUGAUACACGAUACAAAGCUGAAAACAUCCUGAUGCUGGACAUGGACCUGCCGGCUCGGACCACUAAAGAGUAUCAGGAGCCAGUUAUCGCCCCAAAGGUGGCGGCAGCUCUGGAGGACGCCCUCCGAGAUGAGGAUGAAAUUCAGGUAGAUGCCUCGAUCUUUCGCAGCAGCUUGGGACCAACUCCACCAGCCAGCGCCAGUGGAAGCCUCAAGAAACCAAAGUCUGGUCGACCGAGAACCAGUAAGAAGUCGAGCACCCCGACCUCUCCGUUCAGCCCCUCAAGUCCAGGAUCUCCUCUUUACCCACAAUGCCGCGGCCUGGUCCCCAAGUAACAACCUUUACCACUGCUGUCGCUACCACAAACCUCCUUCGUGCACCUUUCUACUCUUGGACUCAAUAAGAGAAUCGGUUUGUUUGUCCAGACUAAGUACUGGAUUCUAAAACUGACUAAAGGAGGAAACAAUUCAUACUAAUGCUGCUUUUGUAGGUUUUAACUGCAACUGUAACAACCAAGUGUUUUCACGAGCUUUGUGUUUGUUGUGAGAUUUGAAAUCCUUAUUGUGAGUUUGACUGAGCACCGGAACCACACAUGAAGGCUCACAUCCCCCCUACACUGCCUACCUUCCCCUACCUUUGGCUUAAUGCCACCAAUGUCUUAUACACACAUCACAAUGUUCUUAAUGUGCAGAAAAAUGAAGGUGGGUUAAGACCUGCCGCCUUUAUAUGAAUCAUUACCUUCUCUGUAGUUGAAGGGUGUCCAGUCUGGCUGCAUAUCUGUGUCUGUGUGUGUGAUGCUGUCUGAAUAUUGAUCAUUUCAGUUUCUAUCAAACCGCGCUGUAUUUUAUUUCCAUCUGUUUGUCAUGUUUUGUGUCUUACAGAAAUAGUUCAACAUUUCAGAAAACAAGUUUAUUUGUAGUAUUGCAGAAGAUCAUCACAGUGCAGAACAUGACCACAGAGGUAAUUAGCUCGUCUUGGCCGUUGUUUGUGGUUGUGCUUCCAAACCUUAUGCAAAGCUAAGCUUAUCACCCGCUCGCCCCCUUCUGCACAUUAGCAUUACAAAUGCAUGUUUCCUAAAAUGUUGCACUAUUCCUUUAAGGUUUGUAUGAUUGUGUGUGUAUUUAAAGACCAGAAGGCAAAGCACAGUACAGACUUGGCCUCUGUUCACAUGUUGCUGUUAUCGGGAGGUGUCGUUUUUUUCUGGGCCACACAACACAGAGGUGAGGGGAGAUGGGGGAGAACGCAUUCACAGCUGCACCCUGGGCCACUUCAAAGUUACUGUCCUGGAACGUGCCUCAUUGAUCAGGGUUCCCAGGUGCCUUAAACUGUGUCUUCAACCUCCGCUCCUGUAUUUUGGUGUGUGAUCAUCUCAUUGAUUCCAGCAUCGGAGAGCUGUUCAUUAGAUAUAGAAGCAGAUCUUUUAGACACAGCCUUGAACCACCCCAGAUUUCUUUACAAAGAAAGCCGGAAGCCAAACCAGAAUUGAACCUCCUCUGCUGCUGUUGAUUUGUGUGGUCCUUGGAAAGCGCGCGUGGGGCCGGUGGAACUCCAAACCCCCGGGGGAGCGCUGCGCUCCUCUUAGUACUGUGGUGGUGCCACAAAACUCAGUCGAAACACUACGGACUUGAAUGGCUCUGAAAACCAUUCCAUCUGAAUGCCUACAAAUGAACAAUAUGCAGUUUGAACCUCCACGGUGCAGCGUGCGUCUCUGCUGCUCUGGGCUGUGCUGUCCGCUCACUGCUACUGUGUCGGGUUUACAACCCACUGGGACUUUCCAGCCGGUCUGGGUCGAACAGCAGGCGAAAUGCUCUCACAAGCACAAAAUGUGCAUGUUAUCAGUUAAGAGGCUUUCCUGCUGUUUGGCCCAUUCCUGCAAACCCUAUGUAUUUAGUUAUCUAACGUUGAAUAUAGACUUGUUUAUGAUCCUCAGUCACUUUUUCAGAUGUAAAAAAACAUCAGUUUCCAUAUUGAAAAGAAUCUAACUUAUUGUAAUCUUUCAUUUUUAUAUACAGAUGUAGAUAUAAUUUUUUAUUUUUUUUGUUCUUUCAAAUAGUUUUAUUUUUUGAGCAAAAAUAAUUUAAGGUUGGAAUUUUAUGUUUUGCAUCACACCCGUACUGUUUGUCUACGUCUGCGUUGGGCACCGGUCACACACCGGUGUCGGCGGUCACACACUUGGAGCUUUGUUGCAGAAGUGUGAGCAAACAGUUGCACAUGCUUGAGACAGAACUGGGAGAUGGGUUUGACGUCACUGUUGAGUAUUUACCUGUUCACUGUACAUUUCACUUCGACACUAACAUGUUCUGUAGAGUAAGGCCUGAUUGUUGUAACUAACAUUUCAAUGCUGUGUACACGUCGCAUGCUUUUAGCACACAGUAAUACGUCCAGCUGUGUGAUUAUACAUCAGCCAUAGGAGUUUGCUAAGCAAAAUGUGAAUGUCUUAAUUUAAUGAAAUAUUAGUUUAUUUGUGUCCCAUAGCUACAUCACUGGAUCGAAAACCAUAUCUGAGACUUUUAUGACCAACUUUUAUGUGCUGGUAUCGUUUCUACAGCCAGCUGAUGGUCAUGCUGGUUCACUUCAGGCGGCGGCUGGUUGUCUUUUUCCAACAAUAUUAUUAAAGUCACUUCAAUGAUAA